AUGGACGCGAAGGCGGCGCUGCCGCCGACGUCGACUCAGGAGCAGCAGAAGCAGGAGGAAGGAGGCGGUGGAGACGGAAGCUACGGCGUGCUCCUGUACUACAAGUACGCCGAUGUCCCCGACGCCCCCGCGCUCGCGGCCUUCUACGAGUCCCGCUGCCGCGCUCUCGCGCUCGUCGGCCGCGUCCGCGUCGGCCCCGACGGCGUCAAUGCCACGCUCGGGGGAAGAAUGGCGGCGCUGGAGAAGCACAUCGAGGAGAUGAGCUCGAACAGCCUGUUCGACGGGACCGACUUCAAGCUGGCCUCCUGCGAGGACCCUAUCGACGAGAGGGUCGCCAGGGAGUGCGGCUUCACGUCACUCUCGGUUCGGCUCGUCAAGGAGCUGGUUACGCUUUGUUCCAACCCAUCGCUGACAACGCCCGAUAUCUCAUUCGCCGGGAGGCAUUUGUCAGCGGCUGAGUUCCACUCGGUGCUUCAGACUGUGGGAACUGGUUCGGAUACUGAGGCGCCUGCGGGGCAGAAUGAUGUGGUUGUUUUGGAUGCAAGGAAUCUGUAUGAGACGCGGAUCGGCAAGUUUCAUGUACCAAAUGUGGAGACGCUGCAUCCUGAGAUCAGACAAUACAGUGACUUGCCAUUGUGGAUAGAUGAGCAUACUGAGAAGCUACGUGGUAAAUCAAUUAUGAUGUACUGCACAGGAGGUAUACGGUGUGAGAUGGCCUCAGCUUAUAUCCGCUCCAAAGGUGAAGGCUUUGAGAAUGUUUUUCAAUUAUACGGUGGCAUUCAAAGAUAUUUGGAGCAAUAUCCCGAUGGUGGCUAUUUUGAUGGAAAGAAUUUUGUAUUCGACCAUAGCAAUUGCAGAAUGUUGGUCUUAGUGUGCUCCACAUGUCAGGAUUCUAAUAAGGAGUAUGUAUGUGAACUAUGUCUAAAGAAUGGAAAACAGUGCUGUGAAAUAUCUGUAAAGCAAGACUACCAAGCAGAGUCAGAGCUAUCUGAACCUUCUGACAUUGGAAAGCUAUCCAUAAGCAACAAAAUUUCAACCUCUAAAGCUCCUGGGAGUAAUGGUAAGGGAGUAUUUGAAACCUAUGGGGUCAAAAUGAACUCCAUAGACCAUAUGGUAGCAAGCUUCUGUACUAACUUAACUAGUCGUUACCCGUGUAUUGCUCUGGAGCAAAGAGAUAAAAGCAUUGGUCAAAUGGAAGGUAGUGAGCAGCUGAAGAAGUUGAGGAUUCUCUGCUUGCACGGCUUCCGUCAGAACUCUUCAAACUUUAAGGGAAGAACAUCAUCACUUGCGAAGAAGCUGAAACACAUCGCGGAGCUUGUCUUUAUAGACGCUCCACACAAGCUUUCAUUUGUAUACCGACCACAUCCAGAUGUCUGCUCCGACAAACCCUCACCUCCAUCUGGCACAGCAAAAACAAAAUCCGCAUGGCUAGUUUCUCCGAACAUGAGCUGCCACACCAUGCAAGAUUGGAAGGUUGCAGAUGCACCGUUUGACCCCCUUCAGUACCAGGAACAAACAGACGGGUUCAAGGAAUCAUAUGCAUACCUUGAAAGUAUAAUUGCUCAGGACGGCAACUUUGAUGGCGUUCUCGGUUUCUCCCAGGGUGCAGCAAUGGCUGCCUUACUGUGCAGGCAGCAGCAGAAGACUUGCGGAUCUCCAAAGUUCAGGUUUGGGAUAUUCUGCUCUGGAUAUCCAGCACCUGUUGGCGAUUUUGACAGAGAGCCAAUCAGGCUCCCCUCGCUCCAUUGCUUCGGUGGCGGUGAAGGUCAUGACAGGCAGAUCGCAAGCAGGGCAAGCACUGAACUUGCUGGCAUGUUUGAGGAGGGCCGGUGCACCAUCGUUGAGCAUGACAUGGGGCAUAUCAUUCCUACCCGGCCACCCUACAUCGAUCGGAUGAAAGAGUUCCUAUGCAAUUUCAUAUGA